AUAACCGCCGCCAUUUGUCAUUUUUUUGGCAUGCGCGUACGGGGAUGCUACGAAAAUCGUGCUCUUGAGUGUUUUCUUACAAUACCGAGUUUUGAACUUUGUUUGUGAAUCGUGAAAACCCGUGUUUCUCUGUGAAAUACCAGUGCGUAUAUAUAUUUGUUGUGUUUUUGUGUUAAAAACAUUCAUCAUGAAUAAAACUUGCGCAAGGUGUGAGAAAACAGUUUAUCCGACUGAGGAAUUGAAAUGUUUGGACAAGGUAUGGCACAAAGGCUGUUUCAAAUGCCAGGAAUGUGGCAUGACUCUCAACAUGAGGACAUACAAAGGAUACGGGAAACUACCAUACUGCGAAGCACACGUCCCGAAAGCAAAGCACACGACGAUGGCUGAAACUCCUGAACUGAAGCGAAUAGCUGAAAACACGAAGAUACAGAGCAACGUCAAGUACCACGCUGACUUCGAGAAGAGCAAGGGGAAAUUCACACAGGUUGCCGACGACCCAGAAACCUUAAGAAUUAAAGCUAACACGAAGAUAAUCAGCAACGUAGCUUAUCAUGGAGAACUGGAGAAGAAGGCUCAGAUGGAGAAACAGCGCCAGAUCAAUGAGAAUGGAGAAAUUGUUGAAGUGCCAUCGGACAACUAUCACCAACAAAUCGACAACUACGCAACAGAAAUGCUGCCCCCAAACAUACCGCCCCCAAAUCUGCCCCCGAAGAACCACUACCAGACCCCAGCAACCACGUACCACCCGCCGCCAGUGCAGCAACCAAUGCAGCAACAGGUUGCUCACCAACCUUCGGGACAUAAUAGACAGUAUCAAGAACAGUACUAUAAGCCUAAAGAGGAAUACUAUCCUCAAUAUCAAGAAUAUCAAGGCCAAUAUUACCAGCAAUAUCAGAAUUAUCCGGUGCAACAGCAACAACAAAGUCAGCAACAGAAGAUUGGCAGGAUUCAGGAUUAUGAUCCGAUCAGUGACGGGCCUAGAGCGCCGCCGAACACGCAGAGGGCGUCGGCUACGCUUAUUUAUAAUAGCACUAGUGAUGGGAAACGAGGUUCCCACCAGCAAGUGCAGCAGCAACAACAGCAACAAAGCCGUCACAUUGGUCGCGUGACCGACCUCGACCCGCUGGCCAAUGAACUGCCUAGACAGCCCGCCAACCAUCACAACCAGCGAGUAUACAUCGCUAUGUACGACUACGAGGCGAGCGACAGCGAUGAGGUAUCAUUCCGCGAAGGCGACUUAAUUUCCAACGUAACAUCGAUCGAUUCCGGCUGGAUGACCGGACAGGUACUACGCACGGGUCGCACCGGCAUGCUCCCGGCCAACUACGUCGAACUAGCGCCCUCCAACGCCGUCCCACAACACUACGACAACUGACCGGGUCACUGACCUCCCGACAACCGAAGCACUUGGUUGCUGCAUGCCAGGUGACCCCGAAGCGCUUGGUUGCUGCAUGCCAGGUGACAGCGUUUGGUUGCCGACAACCAAAUGGGAUAAAAAAAUAUGUUAUUACUGAAAUUAAGUAGUGGUACGUCUAUUUAUUAUUUUUUAUGUGUAUUUUUAUGCUAUUUUAAGUAGCAUUAGGUUGUGCUUCAAAUAGUGGAGGUUAGAGGUUGUUUUACAGAUUUGGUAGGUUGGUCAACCAAUACAUUUUUCAACAUUUUUGGCGGUGAUUUUUCAAUCAUCGUAAGUUCGAUAGCUUGGCAACCAAAUGCUACAAAAAGGUUAACCAAUCUCUGACUGGUUAAGCCGAUCACCAUAUAGUGAUUUCAUAGAUUUUUUAAAUAAAAUUUUAAAUGAAUGUGCCUCGAAAUUAUCAUGAAUUUGACUGGUAUCAGUUGAAAAUGCACUUUUUGGCACUCUUCAAACGCGCAUUUUAAAUGUAUAUCAAUUUUAUCUUCUACAAAUGUAGAUUUUAACAUUUACUAUUAUAUUCGACAGCAAAUAAAAUCAUAAGCAAUGGCUGGACCAAUUUUGAUAAUAUCAAAAAGAACUUUUGGAUAAAAUUUUCACGAAAAAUGAUAAAUUCGUAGCUUUUUAUGUAAUUGCCACUAACGUUACAUUUUGUAGAUUUUUUUAUGUAUAAAUAUUAAGAAUAUAAAAUAUAACUUUUCGCGAAAUUUAUUUAUAAUAUUAAGAUUUUAAAAGUAUAUAUUUUUGUUACCUCUUAUAAAAAGAUUCUUACAAUAAUUCAAAAUCAUACUCAAAACUUAUUUUUGAGAGGUGGCGAAAAUAUAUAAAAAUAUUUUAAAUUAAACUAGUUUUCAGUAUAUUAAAAAAAAGCUUAUAUAUUUUAUACGCAUGCAUAUUAAGUCGGAUUCUUAUGACUGAAUUUUAAAUAAAAAUAAUGUUAAAAAGGCUGGAUUUCUAUAAGCUGUAUCAAGGCCUUAACUUCUAUAAAUAUAAGAAUUAAAUGUAUGAAAAACCUGAAAAAACCUAAACUACUUAACACAUUCUUUAAAAACAUAUUCCAGAUAUAUUUAAAUACUUUUCUCGUAUUUAGAACUUACAAUAUAUAUUUUUUUGAUACAUAGUCUGAACUCAUAUAGAAAGUUAUUUAAGCGAACAAAUUCUGUUUAUUUAAGCAUUUAAUAUUCAUUCCACUUUUUAAGUUAUACUUUUUUUCUCUACAGUGUUUUAAUAUGGUCAUUGGUAUUUUACAUUUAAGCGUAUUCUUAUGACCUUUUAAGCGUUUAAAAAUCAUAAUUUAUGUCAAUGCAACUGUAAAACAGAGAUAGGAAAAUACUUGAGUCACACAUUGAUAUCAUAUCUUAUGAAAAAAAAACAUUGUCUGUAAAGUCGUUUUACUGACGAUAGUUGAACGUGAUAACGUGAGUAGCUGCCGAUUGUGCCUCUUUGUCGCUCGCUGCGUGCUCUCGCUUGCACUUCAAGCCUUAAACGGAACGCCUCAGAGCGAGGUAACGCCUCAGAGCGAGGUAACGCCUCAGAGCGAGGUAACGCCUCAGAGCGAGGUAACGCCGCAUGAGUCAUGUUUUUUCGUGCGUGCAGCCGGCUCCAUCGAUUUAUAAGACGUUGUCACGUCAAAACUAACAAAAUAUGAAAUAUUGUUAUACUUUAACUAAGUAAUAAUUAACAUUAAAAGUACCUGGUUCAGGUCAAAAUCUUGUAAAUAAACAUGUUAGAUUAACAAUAUAUUAAUAUGAGUUUAUCCAAUAAGCGUGAGAUGCACUAUUUAACUAUAACGAUAACCAAACCAUAACCAGCCGUAUACUUGCCGCCCAUUGGUCACAUCGGUGGUUUGACAACUGAAAAUGGUUCGGUUAUCGUUAUAGUUAGAUUGUGUAACUUACUGUAAGUAUAUAAGGUACCAAUAUAAUCACUUGCAGAUUUGAAGGUUGUACAUAAGUUCAGCAGUCUUAUGGCUAAACUGGUGAUGAUGACAUUAUGAAUUACCUAAAAAUGGUAGUCUGGAAUAUAUCGCCUAUGUAUAUUGACAUGAUCGGUGGUGAAACAUCAGGAUUUCUUAAAAAAUAACUGUACUCUAUUUGAGAAGUUACUCGUAUCAUAUGUAAUACAUUUGAGAAGUGAACAAUCUUGUUAGUACUUUUUACUCAAAUAAAUAUUGAAAAAUUAACUACUGGUUAAAAUCAUUAUUUUAAUAGAUUGAGCAACUGUUAAUAAUCAAUAUUACAGUUGCUCAAUCUAUUAUUAAAUAUAUGCAUACAUAUUAAUCUUUUAGUAAAUACAAUUAUUUACAUCAAAUUUGAGCAUAUUUUAUUUUUAGACUCGAGCUUUUAAGUAAAAUGCAUGAAUUUUUUAAUAAAACAUCAAGAUUAUUUAUAAAUGCCUUCUCAAAUGGAGUAUAAAUAUUAAUAAAACUAUGUUUUUUUUGGCAAAUUCACCAUUUCCGCAGGUGGUUAAAUUGGUACGCAAAAUAUACAACUGAUAUCAAAAUGUAAAGGUUACUGCAUAAUAUUAGGCACUGUUAUAUUUAUACAAUACUCUUAUGUAUCAUCAUCAUCAUCAGCCUAUCGCAGUCCACUGCUGGACAUAGGCCUCUCCAAGUGCACGCCACUGAGAUCGAUUAUCGACUCUUAUGUAUAAACAUUCCAUAUUGUGACAAUAAUUUAGUGGCAGUUUUUAAUAGAUUAAGUAUUCAUUUUAAUAUUUUUCUUGCAUUUUUUUUUAAUAGUACUCAGAUUUGUCAAUGCAUUUUCAGUAAAAUAUAAUGGGGUUGUUAUGAAUUCAAAAAUGCAAAGUUGCAUACAUUAGCUGUUUUGAUUAGGGAAAUAAAAACUCUCAAUAGCUUUUUUUAUCAGUUCUCUUUUAUUUGAAUCACAGAUAAUCAACAAUUCAAUUAAUUUGAGACUGGGGUAAAGUUUUAGUUGGGGUACUUUUAUACCCCUUGUGGGUUCCAUUUUUAUCAUAACUUGGGUCACAGUAGCCUUAAUGGGUCAUAUCUUCAUUCCAAUGGGGUCUUAGAAUGGAUACUGAGGGUAAAAUAUACCCUUUUGGGUAAAAAUAACCUUUAUUUUAUCAUAAACUGUAUAUUUUUCUUAUAUGGCUUCAGUUUUUAAUCUGUUAAUAGCAAUAACUUGAUUGUUAAACUUACUGUUAUAUCUUAACCAUCACAAACGCUAUAUAUUAUAUAGGACCAGUAUUAAGUUACAGUGCCUUUUGUAAUAUUUAAUAAAUUUUAUAAGCUA